CUCUCUCUCUCUAUGUCUGUCUCUCUCUCUCUGUCUGUCUCUGGUAAAUAAAGUGACAUUUCCUACGCCAUCGCCAUUGCCAUUGGGACCAAAAAAAAAAAAAAGAAAAAAAAAAGGAAAGCUUCCAUAAAGCAGAAAAAGAGAGUGUCUUGCCUCCUCUUUUCUUUUCCUUGUGGCCUCUUCCAAGAAUCCUCUCCUUAUUAUUAUUUUUUUAAUCUCUCUUCUCCUUAUGCUUCUUUGGCCAUUGCUUCCCCACCCUUAUUCUUUCCUUCUUCUAGCAAAAGAUUACUUCCCAGGCUUGGUUCUUGCCCUGAUUCUCUUUCCUUCGUCGGAGGGGUCUGCUUUCACUUUCGUUUGUUGAGGGCCUUCUCAGCUUCUUCUUCUUCUUCUUCUUCCUCCUCCUCGGAUGUGUCUGUUUGUUUAAAUCAAAAAAAGUCUGUCUGCUUUUCUUGUUAGUAAAUACUCCCCCUCCUGGGAUUCUCUGGGUUUUCCUGGAACCUGAAUUUUCCAGGAGAAUUUCCCAGUACUUCCCCAACUUCCUUCCUCUACCCCAUUGGAAAGAUAAAAAAUGGCACCUUGUAGAUUUCAUGGAGGUUCAGCAGGGAAAUUGGAGCUGACCCACCUCCUGUAUCAGCCCCUGUAGCUCAGAGCUGGGGGAAAAAAUUGGAACUUUGAAAGUUCAGAUACCAUACUUCCCUGUCGGAGCUGUGUUCAGUUGAAGUCAAAGUUGAUCUUCUGAUUUCCCAGCGCUUUGCGGUUGAUUCCAUGGGACUCUGUCACGGAAAACCCUCUGAGAUCCCACAAGCUCGUCCCCAGGGCCUCCCGACAUUCGAUAAGAAUGAGGCCUUCCCUGAUCUGGUGAUUGAAACUCCACAGAACCCACCGCAUCACUCCAAGAGCAAGUCCUCGAGCUUCCCUUUCCCCAGCCCCAGCCCCCUCCGGAGUCUCUUCAAGAACUCUCCGGCCCUCGGCGGCAACUCCAACUCCUCCAGCGUGAAGUCAACCCCUCUCCGGAUCUUCAAGCGGCCCUUCCCCCCUCCCUCGCCGGCCAAGCACAUCCGGGCCCUGCUCGCAAAGCGGUAUGGGACCGUAAAGCCCAAUGAGGCCACAAUCCCUGAAGGGAGCGAGUGCGAGAUUGGGCUCGACAAGAAUUUCGGGUUCUCGAAGCAGUUUAGUGCCCACUACGAGCUCGGGGAAGAGGUGGGCAGAGGCCACUUUGGGUACACUCGCUCGGCUAAGGCCAAGAAAGGGACCCUGAAGGGGCAGGAAGCUGCUGUCAAAGUCAUCCCCAAGUCUAAGAUGACCACUGCAAUUGCUAUUGAGGAUGUGAGAAGGGAAGUGAAGAUUUUGAGGGCGUUGAGUGGCCACAAGAACUUAGUCCAAUUCUACGAUGCUUACGAAGAUGAAGACCAUGUCUAUAUUGUGAUGGAGUGGUGCCAAGGAGGUGAAUUACUAGAUAGAAUACUUGCAAGGGGUGGAAAAUACUCCGAAGAAGAUGCCAAGGCUGUAAUGGUUCAAAUAUUAACUGCAGUGGCUUUCUGUCAUCUCCAAGGUGUUGUCCACCGGGACCUAAAGCCUGAGAAUUUUCUUUACACCACCCAAAGUGAGAACUCCCCUCUGAAGGCCAUUGACUUCGGACUUUCAGACUAUGUAAAGCCAGAUGAACGGUUAAACGAUAUUGUGGGAAGCGCAUAUUAUGUAGCUCCUGAGGUUCUUCAUCGAUCGUAUGGAACCGAAGCAGACAUGUGGAGUAUCGGUGUCAUAGCCUAUAUUCUACUCUGUGGGAGUCGACCUUUCUGGGCCCGCACAGAAUCUGGAAUCUUCCGAGCCGUUCUUAAGGCCGAUCCCAGUUUUGAUGAAAGUCCGUGGCCUUCAUUGUCCCCUGAGGCGAUAGAUUUUGUGAAGAGAUUAUUGAACAAAGACUACCGGAAAAGAUUGACUGCAGCCCAGGCUUUGAGUCACCCAUGGCUUGCAGGUCAUCCCGAUGUGAAGAUAACGUUGGAUAUGAUUAUAUAUCGACUUGUAAAAAUAUAUAUAUGCUCUUCUUCUUUACGAAAAUCAGCACUACGUGCACUUGCAAAGACUUUAACCGUACCUCAGCUAGCUUAUCUCAAGGAGCAGUUCAACAUGUUGGGGCCAAACAAGAAUGGGUUCAUCACUAUGCAGAAUUUUAAGAUGGCAGCAAUGAGAAACUGCACGGAUGCAAUGAAGCAUUCUCGCGUCCUUGAUUAUGUUAACUUGCUUAGUUCCGUCCAGUACCGGAAAUUAGAUUUUGAAGAAUUCUGCGCUGCUUCAAUAAGUGUGCACCAGCUUGAGGGCACGGCAAAUUGGGAAGAACACGCGAGAAGAGGAUUUGAGCUUUUUGAAAAAGAUGGAAAUAGGGUCAUUAAGAUUGAAGAACUUGCCUCUGAACUUGGACUCAGCCCAUCGGUGCCUGUUCACGUAGUCCUCCAGGACUGGAUCAGACACUCGGACGGGAAGCUGAACUUCCUAGGUUUUGUCAGACUCGUUCGUGGGGUCUCUGCUCGAACUAUUCAGAAGGUUUGAUACCAUGCGACACCUAUUCUGUAGUUGCAUUGAAAGUGAUUGACUGCUCUGGACUAUGUCAAAGCCUAAAGGGAGACAUGGGAAAUAUUCACUUCAAGCCGUUCACCGUGUGUUGAAAGGAUGUCUCCAUGAUAAAUCCGUGGGCGUGGUGGUAGGCGGUUCUGAUGAGAACCCUUGUUCGUGUUAUCGCUUUCUCUGUAUUGUCGAGUUAUAUAGGGUUCUCUCUGUAUCGUGAUCAGAGGUUUGUACAGUUGAGAGGGUGGGAUGAUCUUGAAAAUGCAAGACUAGGAUCAUCAGCUAACUGGUGGAUCUGGUGGAGUGAGUUUCGAGGUUUUUCAGGUUUCUUAUCCCUGUUUUGUGGACCCGAGUUUCUUACUUACAUCUCUAAUAAAAUCUCCUUCCUACACUUCCA